CCGGGAUUUAGCACUGAAUUAAUGGAGACUUUGCUAUCAAUUUUCAGGUGCAAUGGCUUAUCGAGAAUUAUGAGACCGCAGAGGGUGUAUCCCUCCCGCGCUCCACACUGUACUCGCAUUAUCAGCAGCACUGCCAACAGCACAACAUAGAGCCCGUGAACGCGGCCUCUUUCGGCAAAUUGAUUCGUUCCGUAUUUAUUGGUCUCCGGACGCGAAGACUUGGCACAAGAGGCAAUUCCAAAUACCAUUAUUACGGCAUUCGUGUCAAACCCGGCUCGUCGUUGGCCCGACUCAACGACAUCGGCACCGGCGCCGGAAUCAUCAGCGGCUCCGAGUCGUCCACA